AUGAAUGAACCCAGGGGUCAAGCGAUGAGUUCAAAUGCUACAAGCAGCACGGUGAUGGAGCUGCAGUCUGCUGCACUCGACCCUGAUGUCCCGUCUUCGUCUUUGUCUCCAAAAAUUUGCCAGAGCAAUUUCAGGAGAGUGAGCCGCACAGAGGACAGUAGUCCCUAUCCGAUCCCCGGCCUAGCAGAAGACAUCCUGCACAUGCGAGUGAAAGAAGGAAGCAAGAUCCGCAAUCUGCUGCGCUUUGCAUCGGCUCGCAUGCAAGGCGAGGGGAGAGACAGCAAUGGGUCCUCACUGAGACAAGUGGUCUUCAGUGGCUCAGGAAGAGGAGUCACCAAGACCAUCACCUGUGUGGAGAUUCUGAAACAGAAAGUGGGAGAACUCCACCAGGUGUCCAAGCUCUACUACAAGACAGUGGAUGAGGUCUGGGAGAAUCCACAACAGGGAGCAGCCGGUACAACCAUGCAGAGGACAGUUCCUGCUAUCUGUAUCCUGCUCUCGAAAGACCCUCUGGAUCCCCAGGAGCCGGGAUAUCAACCCCCCCAGACCCAGACUGUUCCCACAGAGGACGCAGAGAGACGGAGAGGUCUAAUCAGGCCAGCUCACAUUGCCUCCUCACAGCCCACAGCCAAGAGAGUCUGUCCGGAUGACUGGAACCACUGA